CAGAGCGCAGUGACGGCAAGCUGGAGUUCGUAAAGCGACGGAGGCGAAACUGUAGUGAAGCGCCUCACGGCUGGGGCAACAUCCACAUCAUCUCUUCCCCCCGCGUUGUUGCCCCUGCCUUUUUCCCCCUCUUUUUAAUGAAGGACAGAAUAAUCUGUAAGAAAUAUUCGCAUAAGCCGCGUUCCUUUUUCUUUUUAAGUGACUAUUUGCAGUAUUUCCGACCCAGGAGCUGCAUCUCUCGAAAGUAGCGGAUUUCUGUCUUUUUCUCUACAUUGAAAAACAUCCUACACAAACACGCCGCGUAAACAAGUUCAUAAAUGGUGGAAGCCAUUGUGGAGUUUGAUUACCAGGCCCAGCACGAUGACGAGUUGACCAUCGCUGUCGGUGACAUCAUCAGUAACAUCAGGAAGGAUGAGGGCGGCUGGUGGGAGGGAGAGCUGGACGGUCGGAGGGGGCUUUUCCCCGACAACUUUGUCAGAGAGAUAAAGAAAGACUCGAAAAAAGAGGUGAGGAAGGAGUCCAGCUUGGCCGGAUCAAAAUCAGACUUGUCCAAUGGCAGCGCCAGCCCGAAAUCAGAACCCAGCCUCAGACCCGCCAAGAAAGGUGAGGCAAUCAGAAAAAGGCGUUGCAAAGCUGCCUUUAGCUACGCUCCACAGAAUGAAGAUGAGCUAGAACUGAAGAUCGGAGAUGUUAUUGAGAUUCUGGGAGAGGUGGAGGAGGGAUGGUGGGAAGGCGUUCUCAAUGGCAAAUCUGGAUUGUUCCCCUCAAACUUCACCAAGGAGCUGUUGGCCGAGGCUGAAGAUCUGACCCCACAGGACGACACACGCAGCACACGGACCAGUAUAAAGGACAGCACGGGCUCAGAGAGUGAUGGCGGCGACUCCAGUAGUUUACGCUCUGAUACUGGCAGUGUGUCCUCCAGCUCUGAGAUUCAGCCUAAAAAGGUUCGGGGCUUUGGCUUCGGGGACAUCUUCAAAGACCAGCCCAUCAAGCUCCGCCCACGAUCCAUGGACAUGGACAGUGAGAUAGAAAAGCAUCAAAUGGUGAAGAAAGCCGCUUCAGCUGUUCCCCAGGAAACCAUGAAGGCGGAGCCUGAGAGUAAGGCCAAAGCAAAGGAGUUUUGCAAAGUCAUUUUCCCGUACGAAGCUCAGAACGAAGAUGAGCUGUCAAUCAAAGAAGGAGACAUCGUUACGAUCAUCAAUAAGGAGUGUGCAGACGCUGGUUGGUGGCUUGGAGAGCUAAACGGCAAACAGGGAGUGUUUCCAGACAACUUUGUGAAGCUAUUCAUUCCUGAGGUAGAAAAAGAGAGACCUAAGAAACCUCCUCCACCUGCAGCACCAACCACUAAACAGAUCACAGACAAAAAGACAGAGGCUAAAAAGGUUCCACCAGAGCGGCCUGAAUCUCUCCCACACAGAGCUGAGGAGAAAGGAGAGGAGUCGAAGCUGGGUGAGACUGCAAAGCCGUCCUUCCCAGUUGUCCUCCCAAAGAAGCCUCUCCCUCCGAAAAACAACAACUCAGUGAAUCGACCGUCAUCCUUGCCACCUAAACGCCCAGACAGACCCGAGAGACCAGCUGUGCCCAAUAUACCAUGUGACAGUCCAAAGUCUGACGGCAGUGUUGUGGCAGCUGACCGAGGCUCUGUAGACAAAUCCUUAGAUAUUGAUGUAGAAGACUUCGACUCCGUCAUCUCAUCCACAGAGAAGCUGAACCACCCGACCGCGUCACGGCCCCGUGUAACAGACCGAAGGCCACGAUCGCAGGUUUUCACUUCUUCCUCUCUCUCUAGUCCUGACCUCCUGGACUCCCCAUCUCCAGAGGAGGAGAGGAGAGACAAGGAGAUGGGAAAAGAGGAGCAGGACUCAUUCACUCCCAAAAGUCUUGAAAACUCCAAGAAGAUGCCCAAGGCAGUGCCAGUCAUAACAGCUCCUGAAAAAUCGUCUUUGCCCCCUAAGCCCAGUGCCCUUCCAUCAUCAUCUGGGUCUGGAGGGGCUUCUCUCCACCAGGGCAGCGCUGGUCUGCGGCCCCAUUCCCCUUCUGUUGACGCCCGAGUGAAGAACGAACAGGGUUCCCCAACACUGGAAGAGCUCAGAGCACAAUUACGAGACCUGAAAGGAGCUGUGGAGCUCAUGAAGAGCCAGCACAAACAAGAAAUCAAACAGCUGGUGAGUGAACUGGAUGAAGAGAAGAGGAUUCGCAUAUCACUGCAGAUGGAAGUGGAGCAGAUUAAGAAAUCCCUGUCCAAAUGAACUCAAGCGAGGUGAAGGGUCAGGCUGAGGUUCCACACCACAGGCCAAUUAGACUGUGCCAAAAAAA